AUGGGCGGCAUAGGUGGCAACCUCUACCUCAGCAUGUUGAAUGGGGCUGAAACGCAAACUUUCGGAAAGAACACCGACAUCAGCAGUCACCUCCAACGCGGCGGCAAGGAUCUAGCCGAGAUUAAAAUGGGGAUUCAGGACGCGAGGUUUUACUACCCGGACUCGGUUCAAAGCGGCCAGGACGCUCUGACUCUGCCGUACCACUCGGAGCAGGCGGUGGGAGCGUACGGAGCGCAGUCCAGCAGGUUUUACGCACAGACCCUCAGCAGCUGCCCGUACGGCGGCGUGCGGUCGCCGCCGAGAAGCGGAGCCGGGCAGGGUUACAUCCCGACGGCAGGAGACGGCUUUCCUACGGGCGGUAAAGACGUGUACUCCCCGUCUCCGGAGAAUUACCCGGCGAGCUUUCAGCACGGUUACCAGCGGCCGCCUCUCUACCCUCUACCUGGGCUACAGGUGAGCGGGAAGACUCAGGCUCUGCUCAAUAACUACCCGCUAUGGGCCAAGUUCCACAAGUUCCAAACCGAGAUGAUAAUCACCAAACAGGGGAGGAGGAUGUUCCCCUUUCUGAGCUUCAACAUCAGUGUCCUGGAGCCGUCUGCCCACUAUAAUGUCUACGUGGAUGUGGUUCUGGCAGAUCAACACCACUGGAGAUACCAGGGCGGCAAGUGGGUCCAGUGUGGGAAGGCAGAAGGUAACAUGCCAGGGAACAGGAUGUACAUGCACCCCGACUCUCCCAACACAGGAGCUCACUGGAUGAGACAAGAGGUGUCGUUCAGCAAACUCAAGCUCACCAACAAUAAGGGCAGCACCAACAAUGUGGCACAGAUGAUAGUGCUCCAGUCGCUCCACAAGUACCAGCCUCGUCUCCACAUCGUGGAGGUGAAGGAGGACGGCUCGGAGGAUCCCUUCCUCUCAUCCAAAGCUCAGACCUUUGUCUUCCCGGAGACUCAGUUCAUCGCCGUCACCGCCUAUCAGAACGCAGAUAUCACUCAGCUGAAAAUAGACCAUAACCCCUUCGCUAAAGGUUUCCGUGACAAUUAUGACACGCUGUACGCUCCUCCCGACUCUGAUCGCCUCACACCCUCCCCCACAGAGAGCCAGCAGCUGCUGCCAGGGAGCUGCUACCCUCAAGGCUACCUCUCUGAGCAGUACAUGAGCCCCCUGCCCCAGAGCCGCUUCUACAGCCGUGAGCCUAUUGGCAUGGGCCAGCAGCACAAAGACCCGACCUCCAGCUCCAGCCCUCACAGCCGCUGGUACCUGUCGCCUCAGCAGGGUGUGGCCCCCAACCGGCUUGACUUCACUUCCUCCUAUGAGGGGGACUUCUCUGGAAAUGGCUUCUACAAGCCCUUCCCCUUGCAGACAUCCGCUCACCAUGCUCUCAGCUACUACCCAGACCAUCCUUUUGCAUCUACUAGCGUGUCUGUAUCAGGAGCCACCUCAGCGGGCUGGAGCACCAGCCGGCCCACCCCUCAGUACCUUAGUCACCCCAGUAAACCCGGCCCAAGUCUGGGCUGGUUCAGACCCAUAUCAUCUUCUUCCUCCUCCUCAUCUUCUUCCACGUCACCUGGCAACCCCAGGCUGCACCCUCCCUCGCUCCUCGAGCCUCUGCAGCCGCCCCUGCUGCAGGACAAGCCCAAAGACAGUGUGGGAGUGGUGGGAGAGGACCCCUGGCUCGAAACUCCGGCUGUGAAAUCAGCAGACUCUGCAGACUCAGGCCUGUUUGAGGGCAGCGUCGGUGACAACAAGAAGAGGAGAGUGUCGCCCUACACGUCCAGCACUGAAAACUCCCCACCUCCGCGAAGUGGAGACGUCUGCGAGAAGGACAGCAACAGCAAUGCAGACUACUAUGGCUACUACACCCACUGAAGACCUCACGCGUCACCAUGGUCGCCACAGUCUCUCCCAGCAUCCUCUCCCACACCGCCCUCAUGGACACGCGUCGGUCUGUCCAGUCAGGUUCAGGUGCUGAAGAUAAAUAGCAGAACCGCGCAACAGAACAUGCAACCUCAUCUACUGCCACAUCACCAGAGUCCACACAGUGUGGCCAGCCUCUCGAUAAAGUUCCCUUUUCAAAGUGUCAAAUGAUUACAGGAGGAACUUCCAAGGUUACUGUCAAACUCAGUGUUGAACAGGAGUGGAUGUGACUGGUACACUGCCCUAGAGUCACAUAAACACCAAACAGACAUACAGACCUGUGACUUAAGCCUUUGAAACAUCUGGAGAAAAAAAAACAACAACAAAAAAAACAUCUGCAUAUCUGCUUGCUGACAGACGCCUGCAGGGAUUGUCUGUUCUUUAUGCAUCAAACACUCUCUCCGUCUCCUUUGCUCUGUCUUGUCUCCGCCUGUCUCUUCCUUCUCACACUCAGCAAUUCACACCUACUCUAAAUAUGAUCACGUUCAUUUCCCCCCCCCGAUCAAUGUGAAGCAGAAUUAACAUUUAACUCGCUGCAGCCUCCUCCCCUAAUCCGACCCAAGUCGUUUACCGCAGCUCCCACUAGUGGCGGCUCCGUGCAGAGUGUCUGCGUGAAACUCAUGUCAGGGGGGGUUAAGAGAGCUUAGCAAGCACAUGCUCUGAAGUAAGGCCGCUAAUCUGCCUCAACCCUGCGAGGACAAUCUUUUUGUGUGUAUUUCUGUGUGUGUGUGUGUGUGUGUGUGUGUGUGUGUGUGUGUGUGUGUGUGUGUGUGUGUGUGUGUGUGUGUGGUGCUGUUAAGUAAAUCAGCAAACACUUGCAGAAAGGUACAACUGGAGGCAAUCACGGUUUCUAUGAAUCACUGAUGUGGGAUUAUAGUUUACAUUUACAGCAACACACUGCCUGUCUGAGCUGUUUGCAGGGAAAAGCAAAGUCAUCAAAUAAGUGUCUGGUUGCAGUGUCAUGUGAUUAAAUCCAAACACUGGUUAAUAUGAUAAAAUCAAAAGGUUUCAGUUGCUCAUGAUCGAUUCAUGAUUGAGCCAAACCUCACCAACAGAUGUUUAA